UUUCAGGGGCUUCUUCGUAAGCAAUGGCCUAAUUUAGAAACCUAUAAAUGUCCUCAUGGAGUAUCCAUCAGCGGCGAAAACAGACUCGGUCAAGCCAAGGUUUCGGCAAGGAACACCACCACUACCGGAGACUACGAGCUAUCACCAGGAAGUAGAGAGAGCUUCCUCUUGAACACCAUCAACAUGAGUUCCUUCGACCGGUUAAAUAUAGCGUGGAAGAUCAUAUUCCCAUCUCACGCGUCGAGAAGAAGCUCCAACGCGAGAAUCGCGAAGCAGCGGCUCAAGAUGAUUCUGUUCUCGGACAGUUGUGCGGUCAGCGACGAAGCUAAAAGGAAGAUUGUGGACAACAUUGUUCACGCGCUGUCGGAUUUUGUGGAGAUAGAGUCGGAGGAGAAGGUUCAGAUUAAUGUAGCUACUGAUGGUGACCUUGGGACUAUUUACUCGGUCACGGUGCCUGUUAGGAGGGUGAAAGCAGAGUACCAAGACGUGGAUGAGGCUGGAUCCAUAACCAAUGUGGAGCACAAAGAUACGCUUGAUGGUUCUGUGGAUGUCAGGUUCGACUUUUUAUGUUCCAGAGUAAUAAGGUGUAUUUAAAAACUUCAAAAAACUCUUCUUCAUUA